AUUAAUCAGCGAACCUAUAAGUAGAUGGAAAUUCAUUACAUUUGAAUAGUUAAGAAGUUUAAGUUUGUGUAAAGAGAUCUGAGACUUAACAGGAUCAAUGGCGUGGUAUAAAUAUUUCUCUGUGGAAGUACCUUUACUUUUUUUAAGUUUCUCCAUGAUAUUGCAAGGAUCUAUUAGUACCAACCUUUACAUGUACAGAACAUGCUACACUCUACUGGGAUAUCCAGAAGCAGAUUGCGCCCAAUUAGGAAAUAAUGUAAACAAUAUUACUAAAGUAUUAGAACCAAAAGUACAACCAACUGUUAAUUAUAUCAAUAUGGUGCAAAAUACAAUUAACAAUAUAUUUCCUGUAUUCGUUUGCAUGUAUGUGGGCACAUGGUCAGACAAGUUUGGAAGGAAGCCAUUCUUGUUAUUAACUAUUUCAGGUAUUAUUUUGAGUAAUAUAAGCAAUACUAUUAUAGUAUAUUUUAAAAACGCUUCAACUUGGUGGUUUAUUGUAUCUGGACUCCCAUCGUUAAUAUCUGGUGGUUUCGCUUCACAGUUUAUUGUGAUUUCUGCAUAUUUAAUAGAUGUUUCAACAGAAAAAGAUAGAGCUAUAAGACUGUCUGCAUUUGAAUUGAUCAUGGGAGCUUCUUCUUUUGUUGGGAAUAUGGUAUCAGCUCGUAUAUUAUACGCUACCAGUUAUGAAGCUAUUUUUAUGAUUGCAGUAGGAUUACAAAUUUUUAGUCUAAUCUAUACAAUAUUUGUCAUACCAGAAUCUGUCAAGGCAGAAAAGAAGCUUAAACAGAUACCGAAUUUUAAAGAUAUCUGGGACAAUAUUAACUUCAAACAAAUCAUACAGGAGUCGUUUAGAAAACGAGAAAAAAAUAUCAAUGUCUUUCUGUAUUCAUUUAUAGCAGUAACCUUUAUAUCAGGUUUUGCCAUGGGUGAAAUGCAAGUGAGCUCUUUAUAUUUAAGAGCAAAAUUAAGUUGGACUCUGAGCCAAAUCAAUUUAGUAGGCAGUAUUACUAGUGUUGGAAUGAUGAUUGGGACAAUGUUGGGAACUUUUCUCUUAUACAAAACUUUUAAAAUCAAAGAGUUACCAUUAGCUUUGUUUGCUGUUGCUCUGGCGAUGGUUAGUAAUGUGCUGCGUGGGAUAGCUACAAACGAUAUUUACAUAUAUGCUGCAAACGCUGUUAAUAUUUUUAAUGGAGUGACUAUGUUGAUGUGGAGGACUGUCAUGUCUUAUAUGCUUAAACCUGAUGAAAUGGGAAAAAUAUUUGCUCUUAUGAAUAUCCUUUCUAGCCUGAUCAACGUAUUGUCAAGUCUUGCAUAUCCAGCAGUUUAUAAUGCAACUUUAGACACGAACAGUGGAAUAUAUAAUUUUAUGACCUGUGCCGUAAAUGGCGUCGUUUUUAUUUCAAUAUUAAUUUUAUCGACACUGAAAAUUCCUAGAGUGGAAAUGCCACCACCGUCAUCAGCAGAAGAAGAGAAUCAAAGGCAACUUAGUAUAAGUAUAAACACUUUCGAAGUUCUAAGUAUUGACCAGAAACGAGGCAGUAAGAGGAUUAGCUUACCAAUAGACACCAGGAUUAUUACGGAUCAGCUUAUGUAGUGUAAAUAUUUAUUUGUUUCCAGUGAUUUAAGUUAAAUCCCGUAUGCCUAUGUUAGUCAUUUUGUACGAACGUUAGACAUUUGUAUUUAUUAAAAUACAAAAAAACUAUCAGUAUACGAAUCUAGGUCAAAUAAUCCCACAAAAAAUCCCCACAAAUAAUCCCCACGAAUUAUUAUUCCAAGACAAAUAUUCCCGGAAAAAAAAUCCCCACAAAAAAUUCCCGUCAAAUAAUCCCCACACUUUUUUUGGACAAAAUAUCCCCACAAAAGAUUCCGGACAACACAUCCCCAAGAAAUAUUUGCGCUUCCGAACAGUUCUCAAAAGUAUUCCCGUACGUCAGUCAACGGGAGCAAGAAUAGGAUAUUAUCUCCGAAUUCUAUCCUACUGCAUGGAUUUUAAUGAAAUUUUGGGUCUAGCCUCUAUUUAUCUCCUAAAUCAAAGUCUACCCUACGCCGAUGUGUGCUUUUAUCUUGGGGGUGGUUCUCACCCCUUCUCAGGGGUGGAAAAUUUUUUGGGUAAAAUUAUCACGGAAUUCGCUAGAGAACCUAAUUCUAAGCAAAACCACUACUAUAAUUUUUUUUGACAAUCAAUACUUUUUGAGUUAUUCGUGGUUGAAAAUUGGUCAUUUUCAUUGAAACAUAAUACCUUUUCGAAAGGUUUUUUGCGAAUACCUUAAAAACUAUGCAUCUAACCAAAAAAACUAUAUUCAACAUUUUUGUAAGUUUUAAAAAAACACAGAGACAGUUACUUUUAUAACUCUUCCAGAUAUAAUAAAAAAGAUAUAAAAUAUGGUAGGUGAAAAUAGUUUGUUUUUUGGUACAUUCUCAAAUUGGUGUAUUCAACUUGAACUAACAGAGAAACGGUCGAUAUUAGUUGUACAAUGCUACCAAUAUCUUUUGUAGUGCUUGAAAAGACCUUUAAAAUGAGCUAUAUUAAAGGUCCAUUACGUUAAAACUUAGCGAGAUAUGCUGCAAACAAAAUUGAUAACUAAUGUGUGUUAAGAAAAAAUGGGAAGUAAUUUUAACCCCCAUCCAUUAAAAUUUAAAUGCAUCGUUUUCCUUCUACAAUACCUUUUACUAUAGUGUUAUUUCUAUGUUCAGAAAGUUGGUCGCGUUUAAAAUGAAUGGUUUUAAAAAAAAAAGGUCAAAUUAUAGAGAGCAUUUUAAAUUUUUUUUUUAAAUCUUCCUUUUUCUCCAUGUAACUUGAAAAUGAUAAGAGAUACAGUAACGAAAAAUAAAAAGGAAAUUUUUAUCUAAAAAACCCUACAUUUUUGUGUGGUAUCUUUUUUCGUAUAUCUUCACAGUUUCGGAUUACAUGGAAAAGGAAUAUUUUUAAGAAAAUUUAAAAAUGCGCUCUAUAAUUUGAUAUUAUUCUUUUCAAAAACCAUUCAUUUUAAACCAGUCCAACUUUUUGAACAUAGAAAUAACACUAUGAUAAAAAGUAUUGUAGAAGGGAAACGAUGUAUUUAAAUUCAGAGGGAUGAGGGGUUAAUUAUAGUUCUCAUUCCUUCUUAAAAUACAUUAGUCAUCAACUUUUUUGCAGAAUAUUUCGCUUAGUUUGAAUUUAAUCGACAUUUAGUAUUGUUCAUUUUAAAGGUUUUUUCAAGUACUAUAAAAUUUGUAAGUAUCAUUAUACACCUAAAAUAGACCGUUUCUCUCUUAUUUCAAGUUGAAUACACCGAUUUGAGCAUGCAGCAAGAAAACAAACUCUUCUUACCUACCAUGUCCCUCUUUCUAUUUUAACUAGAAGAUUUAUGAAGAAACGAAUCUCUUUGUUUUUUUAUAACCUACACAAAUAUUUUACAUAGUUUUUUUUGUUAGAUGCAUAGUUUUUAAGGUAUUCACAAAAAUCCGUUUGAAAAGAUGUAAUUUUUCAAUAAAAAUGGCCAAUUUUCAACCACGAAUAACUCAAAAAGUAUCGAGUUGUCAAAAAAUAAUUAUAGAACAGUUUUUGCUUAAAAUUAGGUUCUCUAACCUCUUCCGCGGCUAUUUUAACCAAAACAUGUUUUACUCCAGAGAGGGGGUGGGAACCACCCCCAAGAUAAAAGCCCACAUCGGCAUAGGGUAGACUUUCUUUCAUGAGCUAUUCCCUACUUACUGUGAAAAUAUCAAGUAAAUCGAUGUAGUAGGUUGGCAUUCGGAGCCAAAUACCCUCAUUGACUGCCCUACCGUGAACGUAAUUAGUAACUAGGUACAUUAAUUUCAAUUCUAAUGCCAGAACCAUGCAUUGAGAGGUAAGUUAUACACAUUCUUUCGAUAAUAUGGAGCUUUUUGGCGCUUUUGGGAACAAAUUUAUGGACGCUACUAUUCGAUAUCUGGUUUUAAAAAAAUCGUAAUUGAGGAUCUGUGUGCAUUCAUGAAAUUUUUUUGCGCUAUUACGAAAAAUGUUGCUGGCAUUGAAUUAAAACUGAUAACUAAAUAUUGUUUACGUAAAAUUUACAAAAAAGGAACAGGUUUUUUUGCACUUGUAAUCAUUUUCGUUUUAUCAAAAUUAUCGUUUUCAGGACCAGCAGUUAUCAUCACGAAUAGGCAAUGUUUUGAACAGAGUUAUUUCAAGCAGAGCGAGAAAGAGAUUUAAGUGAAUAAUUAUUAUAAUGUGAUUCUCAUAGCCUUAGCUCGUUCCCCAUAUUUUCCACUAUUUUUAAAAAAACAUAUAUUGUUCGGAAUUUUUUGUGGGGAUAUUUUGUCCAAAAAAGUGUGUGGGCAUUAUUUGGCCGUAUUUUUUUUGUGGAGAUUUUUUGUCCGGGGAUUAUUUAUUUGAGAAUUAUUUGUAGAUAAUAUUUGUGGGGAUUUUUUGUCUGGGACUAUUUUGUCCAGGGACUAUUUGUACGUACACCCAUUAUACAGAACCAUAAAACUAGAAAUGAAAUUAUUAAGAAAUUCACCAUAUAAAACUAGAUUUAAUAAGAUAUAUUAAGGUGUGUUUCAAUUGGCAGAUUAUUCUGUUUUAUAUUUUGUAUUGUGUAGCCUAUUGUGUCCAAUAUUGGAUAUGCGCAGCUUCUUGUUGUGUCUACUUCCUCCUGUGUAAUAAUGAAAUACCAUAGUGUUGUACCAUUCUUUAUUAAUAAUUUAUAAUUUUAGCAUCUGUUAAUUUCUCAUUCAAUCUGUGUCCAUUUUCUACUUCUUGUUCUUCUUCUUUUGGUACGGUACGUUAUAAAGCGUCCGUGCUGGUUGAAUUAUGUAUAAUGUAUAAGGAUCCUUCUUCUGAUCUGUUUAUUCUUGAACUGAUAGCAUGUAUAUAUGUCGCACCAGUUUCUUAUGUCUCUGAAUCAUGAGUCGCUUGCGACCUGGUCACCUCCGACCUACAAUUUUGCCCAUUAGAAUGGUUUAUAAAAGUUUAUAUUUGUCGUCUCUUAAAAUAUAGUCUAGAUAAAUGUCUUUUCGCCAUUUAACGAUGUCUGGAAGAUCUUUUUUGGUUUUAGCCCUUUGUAACACCUCUUCAUUGGUAGUUUUAAGCAGCCCAUGAAGUUUUAAGCAACCUUCUGAGACACCACCUUUCAACCGUUUCAAUACGGUUAACCGAACUUACUUUAAGUGUACAGGUCUCGCUACCGUACAUUACUAGGUUUGUUCCAACUCGAUACAAAACCGUUCUUGAAUCGUUACGCGCAUGGGUAAUAACGAAUAAUUAUGCUCAAUAACACAUUUUUCGUUACUGCGCAUACUCGUAACCGUGCAAGAACGGUUUUCGUGAAGGGUUGGAACAAACCUACUGUUUAUAUACAGUGGCUCACAGCUUAAAUGGUGCAGUCGCUACUCAAUAAAACUAGCUUGUGUCAGUGGCUCAAUAUUUAUUAGAAAAAAAUUACAUACUGAAAUUAAAUGACUAGGGGAAGGGGGGUAUGAUGGGGUAGCUAAGGAAAAUAACAAAAAUACAACAUAAUUACUACGUUUAUUACUAUUACUAAUUGAUGGCACGUUACGUCAUUAAUCUAACUAUGAUUUGGUACAAUCUUUGGAAAAUCAACCUAUCACAUUUUUCAACAAUUAGCCAUUAAUAAGAACAUUAUGAAAAACCAUCUUGCCCCAUACUAUGGGGUAUGAUGGGGUAAUGGAAUUGGGGCAUGAUGGUGAUGCUAAUUAAUUCUCACAAAACAAACAAAAAUGUGUAUUUGCUCCAGAUCUUCAUUGUCCACCCUAGCACAAGCAUUGUGAGCUCAACAUCCACAGAUCUGGCAGCCUACCCAGGGUUAUCUAAAAUAAUAAUCCAAUGUUAUUUAUUAAGAAAUUUAAAUUAACCCAGACUUACCACCAAUGUCCCAUCAUACCCCGCACCCAAUACCCCAUCUUGCCUCAAAAGGUAACUUUGAACAAAAAAAAAAUUCACUAAUUAAAUGUUUAACGUAUUCACACAAACAAUAUGCCAUUAUCAAAAUAAGAAUACUAGUAAACAACGAUAAAAAAAGACAUUAAUGAGGUGAUCAUAAUUACCUUAAAAUAACGAUGGUUGUCCUUGCACAAAAUUAGAUCAACGGAUCGCUAAAACAGUUUUCCGUUUGUAAACAAAAAACGCGUGCACUCUCAUUCACGGUUUCUCUUGCAGGGACCGUUAGUCGAAUGACUCUUCCUAUUGAGUUACUGCAUGCUAUUCACCAACGUGUAGUUUCUUGUUUGUGUGCGGUACCCCGUCUUACCUCGAGACCCCGUCAUGCCCCCAUUCCCCUAUAGGUCUUUUAAAGUACCAUAAGCUAUUUUUGGAUUACAACAUAAAUAUACCAUACUUAAAUAACAACAAAUAUUUAAUUAUCUUACGUAUGCUUUUGAUGUCACGGCUAAAAUAAUGCAAACUGUAAAACAAGAAAACUAAUAAAGAAAACAAACUCGACACAUUGAAAAAUGAUUGCUAAUAUUUUAUAGGUCCUCUCUAAUUAUCAAUUACAGCCUGUAGCCGUCUAGGCAUUGAUUCGGCCAACUUUCUAGUAUACUCUGGGGAAAUUGUGUCCCAAGCUUCAGUAAUUUUUAGUUUCAAUUUAUUUCUAUUUGAUAUUGGGGCACUAUUUACUUUAUAAUUAAUGCCAACCACAAAUUUUUAAUAACUUCCAAAUCUGGUGAUUGGGCUGCUGUUUUAAUGACACUUUGGUAAUCAUAAAGCAACCAAUUACGAACCCGAUAUGACCCAUAACACGUGUAUUUUGAAUCGUUAUACUAAUAAAACCGGUAAAAUUGUUAUUGAUACCUAAUUUUUGAGCACUAGCAGCAAGAUGCUGCCUUAGUAUAUCCAAAUAUAUAUAUUGGUUUACAUUCCCUUCAAUAAAAUAAGUGUUACCUACUCCUGCAGACGACAUACUUCCCCACAUCAUCAACCCACCUCUUACGUACUUUUUUACUUAUACCUUCCAUACUUUUUAAUUUUAGUUCUUCAUUCGGCUUUCUUCACGCCAAUAUUUUUCCAUCGGUUGUUCCAAACAAAUUAUUUUCACCAGUUUUGUUCACAAGUUUCGUUUUAUCAGCAAAUAUUACUAAAUUCCAAAAGUUCGAAACUUUGUCAAUAUGCUAACUGGUGAACACAAGUCUAAUACGCCUAUUUCUUUGGCUAAUAAUAGGUUUAUUUGUAGCAGUUCUACAAUAUCGAUUAUUCUUUUAUAAUAUUUGUCUAAUUGUUUCAGGGUUACAUAUUUUUCAAAAAUGUCUUUUCAAUCGCAUCUCGCAAUUUUGGUGCAAUUUUCUGGCAUAAUUUGCCAUUUCUCUAACAAUCCAUGUGUCCUCACGUUCGCUAAAAAUCAUGUUUGCAACUAACCUUCAUUUAUUUUCCAAUCUAUUGUCAUUUCGGUAAUGUUAAAAAAUGUGCUGAUCUGUUGACAUUUAUUUACAAUUUUGGGUAUGUAUCUGUGGCUAUAGGCAUUAAUUUCGAUGGCAAGUAAUAAUUAAAUUUAUUUCACAAGUCGUAGUUUGGCCACCCAUUCUUGAAUAAUUCUGUUACUUUCCGAUUAAAUACUUUGUAAUCUCAAAUUAAACAUAAAAAUAACUGCAAUAUGAAUUUACUGCAAUGCCUACUUAGCAAAUUUCAAAUUGAUAAGUUGUGUAAUGAUUCAUCUUAUCAUCAUCAUUUUAGCUGUGAUAUAAAAAUCAUACAUAAAAUAAAUGAAUAUUUUAAAAUUAUUGAAGUAUGGUGGAGGAAUAAUAAAACAAGUGAAAUAAAGAGGGUACAAAAUGGGCAAUAGAGAGAUAAAAAUACUCUGUUACGCUGAUGACACCGUGUUAGUAGCAGAGUUCGAAGACGACCAACAAAGAUUAUUGCAAGAGCUCAACAUUAACGCUAAAGAAAUGAAUAUGAAAAUAUCAGCCCAAAAAACCAAAAGCUUAGUAAUUGCCAAAGAACCAAUAAGAUGCAAAUAGACAUUCAAAUUAUACAACAAGUAAUGACUUUCAAAUAUCUGGGAAUGAAUCUAUCAGCCGACAACAGUAUCAAAGAAGAGGUAAAAGACCAAACAAUUAAAGCAAGUAGAACGGCCGGAUGCCUAAACGACACAAUUUGGACAAAAACAAACACCUAAGAUUGGAAACGAAGGCCCAAAUACAUGUAUAUGUAAGUCCGUUAUUAGGCCAGUUAUGACUUACACGGCCGAAACAAGACCAGAUACAAGCAAAACACGAAGAAAUCUGGAAACCAACGAAAUGAAGACCUUAAAAGGAUUGCUGGAAAAUGACUUCAGGAUAGGGUAAGAAGUGAGGAAAUCAGACGCAUAUGUGGGGUAGAAAAUAUAAAUACCUGGGUAAAGAACAAAUAAAAGUAGAAUGAGCAGACAAGCAGGACGUCUGAAUCAAGGAUAGUAAGAAUAGCCAGUGACAAGUCACCGUUAGGCAGGAGAAAUAUAGGACGCGCAAGGAAAAGAUGGAAUGACAACUUAGGGGCAGAAUGAAAGGCACCGUUGAAGAAAAAUAGGUCGUACUACCUAUAUAAAAGAAUAAGAAGAAGAAGAAGAAGAAAGGUGUAUUUGAAAUACCAAAAAAUAAUAUAAAAGGAAAGAUUCCCUCUCAUUGGCUGUAUACCAUAAAAAAAAUUAUUAAAGAAGUAAAAAUUUUCCUUUCUAGAUGGUAUAUAAUUUAUUUAAAAUUUUUUCUAAAAAAGAUCCAAGUUGGACUUAAAGUGGGUACAUCACUGGUACGAUACAAACAAACGUUUUCGGACUAAUCAAUCCAUCAUCAGGUUAACAUUCCAGAUCCAGAUUCCAGAUUCCAGAGUUGAAACUAGCUACUGUGGUAGGUCGAAUUACCUCACCAGUAUAAAAAAUAAGCCAUUUCGGCUACAUCGAGAGUGACAAUAAGUCGAUGAUACAAGAUUUAAGUGUAAUUAACCCAAAAUGGGGUCUUCAUCUUACCUACUACAGUAGCUAGUUUCAACUACUUUGGAUCUGGAACUUUAACCUGAUGUUGGACUGAUUAGUCCGAAAACGUUUGUUUGUAUCGUACCAGUGAUGUACCCACUUUAAGUCCAACUUGGAUCUUUUUUAGACAAAAAAAUUUUUAAAAUAAAUUAUAUACAUACCAUCUACCUACAAAGGAAGACUUUUAGUUCUUUAGUAACCAAAAAAUAGCUUAUGCUAUUUUAGAACACUUAUAGUAACUUAAUUUCGGUAUGCAAUUUUUUUUAAUAAAUACUGAGCCAGUGGCACAAGCUAGUAUUAUUGAGUAACGACUGCAUCAUUUAAGUAUGAGCCACUGUAUAAGUAGCAGUUUAGGAUGCAGAUUUUUUCAGGGCUUCUUAUAAAAUGCAUUGCAGAUUUAUAGAUUUGUAGAUUAAAUCGAAACACUGAAGAUGUAAUGGUUGAUUAAAUACUAGAUAUAUUUUCUUGGUAAUCUAAGAAGCUGAUGAAUGAUCUACAUAUCAUUGUAUUCUCUGUAUCCUAUUGUUGUAUGUUUGGAAUUUGUAUCUGGAAUUCUAUAUCACAGUACGUUUUGGCUAUAAAAUUCUAGUAUUUGUUUACUGAUUUAUAUGUACCUAUCUACAAAUCUCGCUUUUCUAUUAAGGCUAUAUACAAAAUGCAAAUUGGACCGCACCUUAAAAUUUCCUAUAAAAUGUAUUAUAUUCUUCGACUAUAAUUCGAAGUCCCUAUUUACUGUAACCAAGUCAAUUUAGCUUUAUUAAUCUGUAGAGAUUACGAAGAAAGUAAUGGACCGACAAAUUUGGUCAAUUAGUAAUUUUAUUAUGGUUAACAACAAAAACAACUUGAAACAGUAAAUUUUAGUGUUUAUUCUGUAUCGUGUAUACAUUUUUUUUAUUUAUAAAAAACUAUUGAAUCUCUUAGGAAUUGUAUAAACAAUAAUUGUAUAUUCAUCGCCUGUAAGGUUUAUAAUAAAUUAUUUAAUAAAUGUGUCUAUUAACA